AUGAUUUAUCGAAAUAAUGAGUCACCAUUGAUAUUAACACAUCUGAGAUCGCCAAAUCAUCGGGAGUUCCUCUAUUCAAUCAUUUUCCUUCUUCUUGUUGCUGGAUAUCUUGUUCGUACACAUCUUCUCUUUGUUUCCCGAGCCUCUAGUAAGUUACAGAAAAAGUUCAGAAAUGUCAAAUCUUUGAUGAUUCCAUCAUCCAUGACUGAGCUGCAAAAACUUCUAGAUAGGUAUUCUACAUCUGAAUCGAAUUCUUUCUGGUUAAAGAAUCUCUUUCUAGUUGCUCUGGAACAAUUAGGAUAUUCUCUAGAAAAAAUACGAGGUUCUGCUUUUGGCGGCAACAUGCUUGGUCCCGCUUAUGGGGAUGGCUGCAUUCAAAGGUAUCCUGCAUUGUAUGGCAGUGAUGACAGGAUUCAGGCUUGCAUGGCUGAGCUAGGGGUCCCGCUUACCAAAGAAAUUGGUUUUCAUCAAUAUGAUGUGUAUGGAAACCUAUUAGGCCUCUUGGGAGCUCACCCAGUGACUCCAGUUGUGUCACUUCACCAUCUUGAUGUAGUGAAUCCAAUAUUUCCAGGCAAAACUCGAGUCCAAGGCCUCAAAAACCUGUUUGAAUCCGUCAAGCUGGAUUCUGCCAGCAUAAUUCAGCAAUCAAUCUGCUACAAUGAGAAACAGUACUGGUCGAUCUCUGUGUCAUGGGGCUUCGUGGUUCAAAUCAUUCGAGGAGUCAUUUCCCCGAGAGAACUGGAAAUGCCAACACGAACAUUUCUUAACUGGUACCGAAGAGAUGGUUACACAGCAUAUGCAUUCAAUACGAGACCUGUGAGCAAGCACCCUGGCCAGAAGCCUUUCAUGUAUUACAUGACCACAACAAAAUACGAUGAAAAGAGAAGACAAGUAAUUGGUGUUUACAAGCAUGACAAGGAAUCGCAUCAGCACUGCACGUGGAAAAGUGACCCACCGGAAAAACUUGAUUCCAUUUUUGUCUUGAAAAGCCCUGAUAGCAGCCGUUGAAAGAGGGCAAGUUCAGCACUUGAAAUUAAUCCUUUCUUUUCGGCCAUUCAAUACCA